CAGUAUCAAAAUUUCCAAUUCUCGAGUAUUGCUGCGUGGUUGUCUCUUUUGAUCCUUGAUCAACAUUUUACAAAACUAAAGAAAGACUGAAGAUCUAAAAUUGCAGAGCAAAAGGAAUCAUGGAUGAACGCGAAUUUCAGCGCCUCCUUCUCCUCUUCCCUGUUGUCCGAAAUCGUAACCACCAUCAAGCUGAAUCUGAAUCAUCAGGGCAAUCAACCUCACAAGCACCAACGCCACCAAUGGAUGAGGUAAAUGAGUGGCAAGAUGCUUGGAGUGAUCAAGAAACCACCAGCCGAGCAGGCGUCUUCUGGGAUAAACUAAAAUCUGCUGCAGAGAGAAUGGUUGGCCCGGAGGAGGCAGAGGACUUUUGCGACGCCUUCCAGAGAAUUUAUCGUAAACUAGUGCAUGAAGAAUUAAGUAAAGAAGUGAUGCAAAACUUCCUAAAUUCAUCAGGAAGAGCUUAGUAAAGAAGUGGUGCAUGAAGGCUUAUCUUUAUCUACUGAUUCGAUGAUUAUAGUUGCCGCUCGUUUUGCCGUAAGCAUGAAGCAGUGCUUGGUACCAAAAUGAUUCAACAAAUUAAAGCAAUGCCUGUUUUUGUUAGUACUGUUGAAUUUUGCUCUAGAAAGCUGUUCUAGGCUGUUUUUGAAGAAGGCAGUUGUAAAUUAUGAGGGCAGUUUUCUUUUAUUUGCACUGGGGUCGUUUGGUUUCCAAUGAUUUGUGGACUAAUUGACAUGUUGAGAUCAAAUCCGACUACUAUAACUAUAAACAUUUGUAUGGGUACCACUUUUCUAUUUA